CGCUCAGGCAGCUCGGAAGCCACUCUGUUUUGGGGUCCUCGCUGCCCUUCCACGUCUCCCGGAAGAGUAGCCGGGCCGCGACAGGGCCGGGACAGGUUUCAUCUGCCUGGCCCUCUCGCCGCCGGCUGCGAGGUGGGGGGCGGCCCAGGCGGGCGACAAGGCCGCGGUGCUGCCGCUCCAGAGUCCUCAGGUUCACCAGUAGGAUUGUUCUGCUACCGUCAUGUCUUGGUUUGCUGAUCUUGCUGGAAAGGCAGAAGAUCUUUUAAAUCGAGUUGAUCAAGGGGCUGCGACAGCUCUCAGUAGAAAAGAGAACACCAGCAAUCUCGCAUAUAACAAAAAUGCUGACUAUCCCGAACUUCAGCAGAAUACAGAUUUGACUUAUCAGGCUGGAUCUAAAGCUGCGUAUAUUUCCUCAGCUGCUGAGAACAUUAGGAACCAGAAGGCCACCAUCUUAGCUGGCACCGCAAAUGUGAAAGUAGGAUCUAGGGCGUCAGUGGAGACCUCCCAUUCUGGUGAAAACACAUCUGCCCCUAGGCCUUCAUCCCAGUUUGUUCGAAGAAAAAAGUCAGAACCUGAUGAUGAGCUGCUGUUUGACUUUCUUAAUAGUUCACAGAAGGAGCCUACUGGGAGGGUGGAAACCAAAAAAGAAAGGAGCAAGACUCCUGGCCUGCAGAGUUCUCGGACAGCAAGUGGCGGUUCUGUGAACACCAAUGUAACCACCGUCAAAACCAUCGAGGAAAAUCCUUCUAGGAGCCAAGGCGAUGAAACCUCUAAUAAUCCAGAUUCUGGUCAUGAAGUUCAAGAGGAUUCUUCAAAGGAAAACGUAUCAUCAGGUGCUGCCUGAGCUGACCAUAACCCAACACCUGCUGACGGCAAAUCACAUGAAUUGUCUAAUCUUCGAUUGGAGAACCAACUAUUGAGGAAUGAAGUUCAGUCUUUAAAUCAAGAAAUGGCCUCAUUGCUUCAAAGAUCCAAGGAAACUCAAGAAGAAUUAAACAAAGCAAGAGCGAGAGUGGAAAAGUGGAACGUUGACCAUUCAAAGAGUGAUCGAAUAACUCGAGAACUGCGAGCCCAAGUGGAUGAUCUGACCGAAGCGGUGGCCGCGAAGGACUCGCAGCUGGGGGUGCUCAAAGUGAGGCUGCAAGAAGCCGACCAGCUACUGAGCACCCGCACGGAAGCACUGGAGGCCUUACAGAGCGAGAAGUCACGAAUGAUGCAGGACCACAGUGAGGGCAGCAGCCUGCAGCACCAAGCUCUGCAGACGCUCCAGGAGAGGCUGCAUGAAGCGGACGCCGCCCGGAAGAGAGAGCAGGAGAGCAGUAAACAGAUGCAGAGUGAGUUUGCUGCGCGCCUUAAUAAAAUGGAAGUGGAACGUCAGAACUUGGCAGAAGCAGUUACACUGGCAGAGAGAAAAUUCGCGGACGAGAAGAAGAGAGUUGACGAGCUGCAGCAACAAGUCAAAGUGUAUAAGUCCAACUUGGAGUCCUCCAAGCAGGAACUCGUUGACUACAAGCAGAAAGCUACUAGGAUACUCCAAUCUAAAGAAAAAUUGAUUAACAGCUUAAAGGAAGGCUCUGGGUUUGAAGGCCUUGAUAGCAGUACCGCUCACAGCAUGGAGCUGGAGGAACUUCGCCAUGAGAAGGAGAUGCAGAAGGAGGAGAUACAGAAGCUAAUGGGCCAGAUCCAUCAGCUGAGGUCUGAACUACAGGAUAUGGAGGCCCAGCAGGUUAGUGAGGCAGAGUCAGCAAGAGAACAGUUACAAGACCUACAAGACCAAAUAGCUGGACAAAAAGCAUCUAAACAAGAACUGGAGGCAGAAUUGGAGCGACAGAAGCAGGAAUUCCACUACAUCGAAGAAGAUCUGUAUAGAACGAAGAACACAUUGCAAAGCAGGAUUAAGGAUCGAGAAGAAGAAAUUCAAAAACUUAGGAAUCAGCUUACUAAUAAAACUUUAAGCAGCAGCAGUCAGUCCGAGCUAGAAAACCGACUCCAUCAGCUAACAGAGACUCUCAUCCAGAAGCAGACCAUGCUGGAGAGUCUCAGCACAGAGAAGAACUCUCUGGUCUUUCAGCUGGAGCGCCUGGAGCAGCAGGUGAACUCGGCCAGCGGGGGCAGCAACAGCGGCUCUUCCAUUAACAUGCCUGGAGUUGACAAUGGCGAAGGCACACGUCUGCGAAACGUUCCUGUUCUUUUUAAUGAUACAGAAGCUAAUCUGGCCGGAAUGUAUGGAAAAGUCCGAAAAGCUGCUAGUUCAAUUGACCAGUUUAGCAUCCGCCUGGGAAUUUUUCUCCGAAGAUACCCCAUAGCACGAGUUUUUGUGAUUAUAUAUAUGGCUUUGCUUCACCUCUGGGUCAUGGUCGUGCUAUUGACGUACACGCCAGAGAUGCAUCACGACCAGCCGCGUGGCAAAUGAACCGAGCCCGGCUGUGCCAGCGGUCAGCCGGCUGUUUCCGGACCUGGGCUCUGCAGAAGGACCGGUUGCCUGACGCUGCGGAGAACGGUGCACAAGGUCAUUCCAUCACUACAGCUUUGAACUUGUUAUUCUCUAAGUGCUCUGCCCUCUACAUCUCCCCCCCGCCCCCACCUCUUCCAGAUGGUAAGAGUGUCUGAAACAGACAGUAACGUAAUUCAGCUCUGCUUUCUCUGAGGUGCGAGAUUGGGUGUGUGUGCGUACGCACACAGACAUGCCAGCUCGUUCAGCCCUGCGCGGGCCAGCCCGCAUUUUAGGUGACAACAUUAUGGGUUAUAAUCAGGGAAACUAAUUGUAUUUACUGAUACAAAUAAAACAUCUUCUUUUUGAUAA